AUGCACGUACUACACGGCUUCGGCCAGCGACGCAAGUCGUCUCGCCGCCCUCGCGACCUCCAUAUUCGAAAGGUCUCCUUCUCCGGAUCCUCUCUCUCUUCCGGCUGCUCUCUCUCCUCCUCAUCCUCCACCAUCUCCGACGCCUCGACACCUACACCUACGCAAACACCCAUCGCCACAACCCGACCCGAGAUCGAUCCUCUUGCUUCACAUCCCGCCUUCCACGCCCCGCCUCGGCUGUACGAGAGGCCCUUUAUCCGCUUGGAUGAGCCUGUGUUUUACGGUGGCAAUGACGAAGAGGAGGAGCAGUAUGCUGAGCAUGAGACUGCUCAACCUAUCGAGAUGGCCUUGCCUCCUCAUGUGAGCCCAAUGGAUGUGGCCGAUGAGCAGUGCAAGGAGCCUCAGGAUUACUUCUUUACAACACUAUCUAAGCGACCGCCGAUGCCCCGAUCACGGUGGUCCGAGUCGACCAUCCAAACUCUGGACCAAUUCGACAAUUCCGACUCUGAGGACUCGGAUGAGAUUACCCAGUCCGAAGAGUCUGACGAUGAGGACGACAAUGCCUCAGUUCUUGAGAUGCGACGUCUUACCCGUCGUGCCUCAGCCCUCAAGACCAUCUCUCUCAACGCCACCUACACCCCUCGAACCGGUCCCGCCCCCAAGCGUCCUCCCAUGCGCUCUCUUGACUCUGUCGACAACUUUAUCCGUCGUGGAGGAUGGAAGCGUCGUGGCAUUGUCUUUCGACAAGAAGACAUGGAGAACCAGCAGCGGUGCGAGGCGGACCGCGCAAGCUUCUAAGCAAGCAACCCUUUCCUUCCAUCUCUCUCUUUUUUCAGCAUGCCUUAUGAUUUCUUCGAUACCCCAACCUCUUUCAACUCUGCUUCUUCUCUUUCGUUAAAUGCGUGGAAUAUCACGGGAAGAAUGAUAUCUCUUUUAACCUUUUUUCUCCUAACGGCUGGUUCUUUUUAUAUAUCCUACCACCUCCCCAUAAACUGGGCUUGGUCUCUUCUAUCAUCUUGAUUUCAUAGCUUGGAGUUUCUUUACAUGACAUGGCCUAUUGAGCCUUUUGGGAAAGCACAAAAAGCGGGUUUCAUUUUUUUUGGUCAAUUGGGAAACGCUGGUAUGCGUUAUGGGAUUCACGGCUUCAAACCGACCUUGACACCUUUACUACCUCUACUACAACCUCACCUCACUUUUUUUUUUUGGCGGCAAAUAUCUUACUCCAUAUCCUCUACUACGUUAUCUACAUAGGCAUCUUUGUAAUGCACCAAUACUAUCUCUUGCCGC